AUGCAUAUGGAUAUUAGCAAAUACCUUUUGAUUGUUAUCGGAUGUUUUGUCCGAUCUAGUUCUCAACUUUACUGUGUUCAAUGUACAAGUUCUAUUGAAAUUAGCUCAAGUAGCUGGGAUCAUUCCUGUUUAGAUGGCAAUUUAACACCAUUAUUAUGCGUAGAUCAAAAUAAUAAGUCAGAAUCAAUUUCUCCACUGUGUAUGUCUGCUGUUUAUACAAUCAAUAAACGAGCGGUUAUUCAAAUCACCCGCGGUUGUACAGCAGCGCGUACGAUUCAACAUGACUGUGAUCCGGUUAUAUCAUACGCAGAUAUGGAGAAAACAGACAGUUUUUAUUGUAAACAGUUGUGUUACCAUGAUGGUUGUAAUAUACAUGGAAUUGAAGCAAUUAUAUCGAUCGGCAAUAGUUUAUUAAAAAAUAAAAUUCUAUUAUUGAAUUUUGUUUCUCUCUUAUAUUUAUUGUGGUUUCAAUCCAAUAUGUUGUUCUCAUGGAAUUAG